CUAAAAUUCUAAGCCCGCCUUUAUUAAGCCACCCCCGAAAUACCCCAGAUCAUAGCGUUCUAAGCAAAUUAUUUAACCCACCCACGGCCCGCUUCCCUGACUCGAUCUCAACUAAAUCUAUUAUCGUACAAUUACCCUAGCCUAAGGUUAAAAAUAAAUCCCCUUACCUAGGUAUCUAACGCUAGGUGCUACUAUCUAAAUUACUCCGCACGCCACUCGCCCUCCCGCCCGCCAUCAUGGCCCAACAAUACGCAACCUACCCCAGCCUGCGGGGCAAAACGGUCCUGAUCACCGGCGGCGCCGAGGGCAUCGGGGCGUCGUGCGUCGAGAACUUCUGGCUGCAGGGCUCGAAGGUCGUAUUCCUGGAUAUAUCGACCUCGUCGGCGGAGAAGCUCCUCGCCUCGCUCCGCUCGACGUAUCCGGAGAAGAGCGAGACGCCGCUCCCGCGCUUCAUGCAAUGCGACGUGACGGACCUCGAUCGCCUGCGCGCCUGCGCGGAGGACGUCGUCGGGGCAAACGGGGGCGCCGUGGACGUGCUUCUUAACAACGCCGCGUCGGCCGGCGCGUCCACGCGGGUCCCCACGGAGGAAGUCACGCCGGCGUCGUGGGAUGCCGACGUGAACGUCAACUUACGGCAUCAAUUCUUCCUCACGCAAGCCGUGGUACCGGGCAUGCGGUCCAAGGGCCGCGGGAGCAUCAUCAACAUGGGGAGCAUCACGUGGAGCAUCCCCGCCACGGGGCUCCCCGUGUACACGCUCUGCAAGGCCGCGAUCAUGGGCAUGACGCGGACGCACAGCAAGGAGUUCGGGAAGUGGGGGAUCCGCGUGAACAGCGUGAUGCCGGGGGCGAUCGCCACGCAGAGACAGAUCGACGAGGUGCUGACGGACGAGUAUCGGGUUGAGGUCAUGGCUGCGCAGACGAUUCAGAGGGAUCUGAGGCCCGACGAGGUCGCGAGGGUGAUUCUGUUCCUGGCGAGUGACGAUUCGAGCGCGAUUACGGGGAGUAGUUAUGUUGUUGAUGGGGGGUGGGUUAGUGAUCCGUGAGGGGAGAAU